AUGUCGGCAGCAGACAGGUAUUUACAACAGGAAAAACUUCUAGCUACCUGCCGUGAAUUUAUUUUGGAAAGCUCAGAUUUGAAAGAAUAUGCAGAGCACUGUACAGAGGAUGGGUUUAUUCCAGCCUGCUUGCUGUCCCUGUGUGGAAAAAACUUGACAACUAUUCUUAAUGAAUAUGUAGCCAUGAAAACAAAAGAAACAACAAAUGAAGUUCCAGCAAUGAUGUCAUCUCUGUGGAAAAAAUUAGACUAUACACUUUCUCAGAUCAGGAGCAUGCAGAAUUCCACAGGAUUUUCUGCUAAUCAAAGGACACGUACAAGAAGUGGAAUUGUAGAAAUGAAAAGACAGAGAAUGCUUCAGCAAUCAGCUCCUGCAAACUCAGGAUUGUUGUCAGUAGCCCAUCAGUCAGGGCCGCAGAAUUCCUCUGCCAUUGUAUCUCCUCAAGUUAUUCACAGGCCAACAAUAAAUCAAAGCAUGUCACAGACAAGACUGAAUACGUUGUUUAUGCACCAGUCACAAACCCAAGAAAACAAGAUCACCACAGCAGGAGAUUUCAUACACAUUCAAGUUCCAGCAUCACAAGAACGAAAGCUUAAUUCAAACUUGCUUUCUCCAGGAAGACGAAAAAGUGAAUCUCAGAAGAGGAAAAGCAUUGCAACAUCUGGACCUCUUUCAGCAACUAGAAGUUCUCAAGACCCUGAUGAAGUAAUAAUAGAAAAGCAACUGGUUAUUGAAAAUGCCAGAGAAAAAAUCUUGAGCAACAAAUCUCUUCAGGAGAAGCUUGCUGAGAACAUUAACAAAAUCCUGGGCAGUGAUGGCAGUGUCGCUCAGGCCCCUAAACAGACAGACAGCGGUCCCACAGAACAGGAGACUUCAAUUGAUGAAAUCCUUGGACUUCAGGGUGAAAUUCAUAUGUCAGAAGAGGCUAUACAGGACAUUCUAGAACAGACAGAAUCAGAUCCAGCUUUUCAGGCACUCUUUGACUUGUUUGAUUAUGGAAAGAGCAAAGUAAACAAGAACUUACCUGCUGGUAUUUCUGGUCAGAGUGGAGUAGAAAAUACAAUCCUCGUGGAUGAGGAUAACCUGGAAACACUUGAAAGUUCUUUGGGAACAGAAGAAACUAGUAGAUGUGAUAAUUCUAGAGAAUCACUAUCCUGUAAAAGCUUUCAGUUAGGAGAAGCAUCAUGUGCCUUGAAGACCAGCAUUAAUGAUGAGGAUGUGGCUAAGAAAAAUACAACCAACGAACAGUUGCAUGGAAGUUGUAGACCAAGGAAGCCAACUGAAGUACUUAAAACCGUUACCCCUGAACACAUUGGAGAGCUUGAAAUCGCUUUUGACUCUGUGCCGGGUUUGACUGAACCUAACAAGAGACAGACUUCUGAUAGCGAAUGUAAUGAACACUGUGGAGAUUCUUAUGAUAAAAAAGAGUUGUCUGCAUUAGUAUCUGAAAGUGAAAGAGCUAUGGAAAUUGAAAAAGGCCCACUAAGUCAUAGUGCUCAAAGUAGUCCUAAUUUAGAAUAUGUUCAUUCUGAUAGUCCGCAGAUUUCUUUGAUAUCAUUGGCGGAAGGUACUACAACCAGUGAAAACAAAACACAUUCUGGAAGUAAAUGUCACUUAUCACCAGAUACAUCACUAUCUGAAAAAACACUUAUGAAAAGCCCUUCUGAUGGGAGCCCUGGCCACAGUGUACUGCUGAGAAAAAACAAUUCAUCAAUUUCUAGCCCAUCAGCAGGUGGAGGAAAAGAACAGGCUGUAACAAACGAUGCAGUUGCCUUACCUGGUAUGUUACAGGAAAACUCUAGCCACCACUCUAACCAUCAGGAACAGAGUACGCAGGCAGACUGUGCUGCAAGAUCUGCAGUGAAGAUUUCGGAUCUUGACAAAACAGAGUUGCAGCUUGAAGCUGUUGAUACUUCUAACAAACCUUAUUCAAAUGAUCAGCAUACAGUUGAUAAGCCUUGUAAGAAAGACUUUAACCUCCCUUCAGGACUGUCAAACUCAGAGGGAACACAAGGGGAAAUGCAAGAACCUUCAUCUUCUACAAAAGUAGAUGCUGAUAAUGUAUAUUUCUCUUCUGGUGACAGUGCAUGUACAGAAAUUUCUGUAGUUUCCACUGAAAAUAAUCUUACUACAUCUGAAAUAUGCCACUCUCCUCUCCCAGAAACUGCAUCCUCAACAGAUGAGUCAGGUACCGAGGCCAAAAGUAUAAGCCGUGUAUCUUCUAGUAGUCAACCAAUGGAUGUCGAUCCUUCUAAUAUAAUGUCCCUCAAGAUCAUCAUCAGCGAUGAUCCGUUUAUUUCAUCAGACACAGAGUUAAAUAAUGCUGUUUCCAGCAUCACAGGAGAAAAUUUGCCAACUAUAAUACUGUCUUCUCCAGCCAAAUCCCCAACCAAAACUGCAGGCCUGUCCAAAUGUCUCUCUUCAGAAGACACAGAAAAAAAUGUGGAUUCAGCUUUGGCAGAGCAGAAUCUUCUUGUGCUUAGACCUAAGGAUCCUGUGGUCACCUCAGUUAACACUCAGAAUGAAGACUGCACCGUUUUUUCAGUUGCAGGUACAACUAAUCUUUCCAAGGAAGGGGGAUUUAUACAGUUGAUGCCAACAACAAGCACAGCUUUUGGGAAUUCAAACAACCUUUAUAUAGCCACCUGUAUGACUGAUCCAGCUACCUUGGGCACAGCUGUAACACCAUCAAAUGUAGUUGUAUUGCCCGGCAGCUCUAUGCCACUUGCUGCCCAAGCUCCAGCUGUACAACAGUUACGGACUCCUCCUAGAUCCAGCAAUACAUUUGCAGCAAACCAGACUGUCUCCCCAAAUUUCUCACAAGGUUCUGCCAUUAUAAUUGCAUCUCCGGUGCAACCUGUUUUGCAAGGAAUGGUGGGAAUGAUACCUCUCUCAGUAGUAGGACAAAAUGGAAAUACAUUCUCGGCACCUGCCCGCCAGGUUCUACAUAUGCCUGUGGCUAAUCCAGUGUGCAACAGAAGUGUCCCAAAACUUCCCAUCCCUCCCAAAUCACAAAAGAUUCCUGGAGCAAGAAACAAGACUAAUACAGGUACCCGCCUUGCAUUCUUGAGAAGGGCAGAAGAAAAUAGUAAAUUGAAACAAGACUGGAGUUACAUUCAUUUCUCAGUGUUGGGAGGGGGAAAACUGGUACCAAGUGUAGCUGAGCCUUUGAACCAUACAAAUUCUCGAACACAAAGGACUGGAAAUUUGGACAAGCUUAUCACUGCAGAACUAGGAAGGAAAGCUGAGGAGAACUUACCUGUUGCACCAGUAGAGAGCACAAGCUCAAAUUCAAGACAAAGUGAAAGUCACAGGAGGGUGCUUUGCUUUGAUAAUGUCCUACCCACUCCAGGAGGGAACACCCAAAUUCAGGCUACUAAGAGUUUAUCCCAAAAAGAAAGAAACGAAAAUGCUUUAUUUGCUGUUGACUCUGCAUCAUCCUCUGCUAAGGCACAGGUAGCAAAGAGAGAGAAAGAUAAAACGUUGCCUAGAAUUCUGUGUAAGCCAGAAAUUGGUAGCAACAGAAGUGCAUCCACGAAGGAGCCACAGCCCGAGCGGAAGGUGGCAACUGCAGGGCUUCCAUUAGAUCCCUUCCACAAGACUACAGCAAAUAAAGAAAAUGAACUACGAAGGGAUACUGAUGAAAAACAGAAGAACCAGGACACUGCCAAACUCUCAAAUGGCCAACAAAGUGUUGGCUUAUGGAAUGAGAAGACAGUCGCUUCAGUGCAAGAGCUGAACAAAAAGCAAGGGUCGCUGUCGAAUGGGAACGGCAAAUCUUCAGUGUCCGUUUCUUUGUCUUCGAAGGAGCCAAAGCGAGAACCAGCUAAAGUUUCCAACCAAGGCCUUUGCCUGUCAAGUCCGUUCACUAAGCAAUGUGUGGAAAUGUUGCAAGACAUUCAGUGGCAUAGCCCGACUAGUAAAACAGUUGAAAACGGAGAAUUACCAGUACCCCGUACGCCGUCUGGAGUUGGGGACAGGCACGCAGAUGAUACUACAGAUAGUGUACGGACACCGACCUGUCGGCGCUUCAACGAGGACAGCACGACCCCUAGAAUAAUGGUGCCCCCCGCUACGCCAGACUUGCCUGCCUGCAGCCCGGCUAGUGAAACAGGUAGCGAAAACAGCGUCAGUAUGGCUGCUCACACGCUGAUGAUCCUGUCACGGGCGGCUAUUGCAAGGACUAGCACUGCAACCCCCCUGAAGGACAAUACUCAACAGUUCAGGUCUUUAAGGAGCACAGUAAAGAAAAGGAAACUAGAGGACUUGAAUGAGGGUGAGAGAAAUUCUCGUUCUGCAAAUAAAAAAGACCUUCAAAGCUCUCCAACACCAUCAAAAAAGAAGAAAAUAAAGAAAAAGAAGCUACCAAAUGCUUUUCCAGUGAUCUGGUAA